AUGUCCUUUACGUGCCAUGUUCUGUAUCAGAAUGUCAGCAAGAAAAUCCAAUGCCCUAACACACAUACAGUCAACCAGCUAAUUGAGCUCAGUCUUGCAAAGUUCAAUCUCUCUCUGUCGUUUGGCGAGCUAUCUUCUGGUGGCAAGAAGUUGGAUGCCCUUUUGCCUAUUCGCUAUACAAACCUAGUCAACAACGCCAAGCUCACACUCACGGUUUCGAAAGGAAACACCGAAGUCAAUUUGAAGAUAGUUGGGACCAUUGAGCUGAAGCAAAUCACAAGCAUGAUGAAAGUGCCACCAUCUAUAACCGCCGCAGAGCUCGUUUUGCAGUUUGCCACAUUGAACAAUCUCGAGAUCGAUUUGGCCAGCAAGCAUGUGCUGUUGAGCGUCUUACAGACUGCAGUCGAUAAUAUCAGUCAUGAAUUUGACAAAACGACACUCAAGUCUCUUUUGGGCACCUCUUCUAGCGCUAUGAUCAGAUUGGUGGUGGAAGACAAGAGCAAACACGCGGCCAAGAAAAAGUUGCAAGAGGAGCAGAGUAAGCUUCGAGCACAAUUGGAGGAGAAGAAGCGCCAGGCCAGAUUGCUUGAAAAGGAGCAGAAGGACGCAAAGGAACCCGAGCCCUCUGUGCACAAAACGGUAACAACAGAGCCAGUACUGAAACCCAAGUCUGAUCAAAUAGAUCAUCCAAAAGAAAAGAGCCUGCCUUCAGAAGGUCCAUCUAAUUCGCUCUCAAACACAAUUGUUCCAGACGAGACGAACUCUGCUAAUACAAAAAGUGAAGAUUUGAUGCAGACAGACCCAGUGAAGACGACACCAGGCGCAUCAGAUGGCAAUUCUGAAAGAAAUGCAAGAUCCUUUGUUUUGAGUAAUGACACCGAGGACACUGUCUAUGUGCCGCAUAAGAAACUUGAAGUGUAUGAGAACCCCGAGGAUGAUUACAACAUGACUACAGCACAGGCAGAAACAUACUUGAACAUCAUCAAGUCCAUGCAGACAAGGCCCAAGAAGAAGAACGAGGCUAAGAGCCCAACACAUUACGCUAUUCGUCUUCGAUUCCCCGACAGGUCUCUAGUGCAAUUGCACAUUGAAGAUCCGGCCACCAAACUCGGCCAGCUUAUGAAGAAAAUCGAUAGCUACAUUGAUCCUAAAUUCAUUAACAGUUACAGGAUCAAAAACGGCACACCGCCUUUUAGAGAAAUCAGGUUUGGCUUUCAAGAAAACGGCACCGCUUUGAACAAGCAUCCGGACUUUCAACAAGAAAAGGUGCUUUUGAUCUGGGAGCCUUCGUCCUCGCAUCAGCCAGGUCCGUAUUUGGUGCAGGGCGUAAACACCAAAGAUGUCAGCCAACUCUCUACAGUCAUGUUAGAAACUCACCGUGGAGAACUAGAAGAGGAUACACUGGCCACAGGAAAAAGCGUAAAGGGAACAAGUGGCGAAAAGCCCAAAUUGAAGACAAAACUUAACAAGAGCAUGCCCAAAUGGUUCAGACCAUAA